UAUUGAUUUUUCUACAUGACAGUUUGCCCCUUUUUUUACUUCAGGCUCUUGAAGGAGUUGCUUGACACUACAGCAGUGGACAAAUCGUGCAUCACUAGCGUUUCUCCCUCUUUGCUGCAGUCUCUGUUGUCUGGGGUGCCAGAUCCCUUGGCAUUGAAGCUUGGCAUGGCUCUCAUAUCAUCUUCAUUUGUUUCUUCGUUGGUGCCCACUGGUCUAUUUAUAAAAUAUUUUGUCAGAGUUGACAAGGAGGGAUUUUUCCAUACAUAUCCUGACUGUGGAGGGCCAUUUAAGACCUUAGAGAAAGCCCAGGAAGCUAUUGAUUCACAUCAUGUUGUUCAGCGAGAAAUGAUGUGCAUGGAUGGCCUUUCUGAUGAGGAGAGAGCCGUACGAAACACUCUAUACUGGUAUCAUGAUGGCACAAGGAAGCACUCAGCAGAAGCUUUUGCUUCCUGUACGACCCGUUGCACAACACGGGAAUUGCUAAAGGCUUUACUAGACAUGCACAACGAGGACAAUGAUCUUCUGGGGGAUCGUGCAUAUGAAGUAGAAGGUAUUGUGGGUCACAAUUCAUGUUUUGAUGGGAAAGACUGUAUUUAUAGGUCUUAUUCUCAUUUCAAUCUGACCAUGAAGACUAAAGGAGCUGAUCCCAACAACGAUCUAUAUUUUGCUGAAGUCACGUGUAUGAGUGGUGAUUAUGAAGCAUAUGUGCUCACCUGUAUCUGCAUAGUUAAACCUGAUCACAAUGGUGAAUGCGCUGUGUGUGAAGAUAAAAUGGAUGACAUUAAACACCCUAAUGAUGACGUAUACAACCGUGGUCGCCGCAACAAGUUUCAUGUUAUUCGAUCACGUCGGCGUUCUCAUGCACUUGGAGUUGAUUUGUUUGAGAAGUUAUUUGCCGUCCGUGAAGAGGCUUGGCUGAUAGAAGAGGAGGUUAGGGUGAGACGAAUGAUUAAGGAAGGGAAGGAUGCUAGGAGCAGCAAGUUGGAGGUGGACAGAGGGGAUGGCAGGAUUAAGGAAGGGAAGGAGGCUAGGCGCAAUUUGGAGGUGGACAACAUCCUGAAGCUGGCUAGUCGCAAGUUGAGGGGGCACAACAUCCCGAAGGAGGCUAGGCGCAGCGAGUUGGAAGUGGACAGCAGAGGGGAUGUCAUGAUUAAGGAAGGAAAUGAGGCUAGGCGCAGCAAAUUGGAGGUGGACAACAGAAGGGGUGACCAUGCAAAGAGGGAUAAGUAUGUCGUACCGGCUAGACGAAUCAGUUGAACGUGAUCUAUCCAGAGUCUGUAUCUAAUGGCCAGAUAACUAAUGCUCUUGAGUGGCGUAAUUGCCCUCGAAUGUUGCCUUGACACAGCAUUUAUAUGUGU